CGCCCUACCCCACCUAACCCCACGCCUCUCUCGCAUCUUCUGAUCUAAUCCAAUAACGCACAACGAGCGGAGGCCGUGACCAGAAGGGGACGCCAAUCCGCACGCCUUCUCGGAUUUCGCACCGAGUUCAUCAUCCGUGUCCGAGGGCGGGACAUUUUCCGCCGCAAGCGAGCGAGAGAGCCCAGAGCGAUGGCAGAUAAGGGAGCGGAGGCGAUGACGGAGACCACACCGACCGCGAAGGAGAAGCCCGAGGUCGUGUCGGUGGAACUCCCGGCACCCUCCGGCUGGAAAAAGAAGUUCACUCCAAAGAAGGGCGGGACUCCCAGAAGGAAUGAGAUAGUUUUUAUUUCACCUACCGGUGAGGAGAUUAAGAAUAAGAAACAGUUAGAUCAAUACCUAAAGUCUCAUCCUGGAGGUCCAUCUUCAUCUGAAUUUGAUUGGGGAUUUGGUGACACUCCUAGGCGCUCUGCAAGAAUCAGUGAGAAGGCAAAGGCAUCGGAAACCCCAGAAAGCGAGCCACCAAAGAAACGAGAAAGAACAUCGAGUUCAAAGAAGGGAGCAAAAGGGAAAAAGGAUGUCGGAGAUGGAGACAAUGAAGCUCCUGGAGAAAAAGACACUCCUGUGGUAGAAGCAGAAGGUGGUGCAGAUGUUGGGAUGAAAGAGAUCAAGGAUGAUGUGGGCAAGGUGAAAGAAGAUGCUGCUGCUCCAGAAGUUGUGGCCAAUGAGAGUGCUGUUGAUGAUAUGGAGACAAAAGAGGAGGGUGCUGGACCAGAAACUAUAGAGAACAAGAAUGCUUUUGAGAAAGAUUUGGUCGAUAACCCAAAGGAAGAAGAAGUGAAGAGUGAGGAGAAAAAUGUGGAUCCAGCUAGGUCAAUCGAGUAUAAUGCAUCUGUGCCGGAGAGAGAUGAAGAAAAGCAUGAGGCAGAAAAGGAGAACCCUGUGAGUGCUGAAGUGCAACCUCCUCUAUCUGGCCCUACCAUAGAGGCAUCAGCUGAGGAAGAAGUCAAGAAUGAAGAUGUCAUGCCUCUGAACUGCAGCCGCAAGGAUGAACUGGGAGACUCGAUUUCCAAGGAAGUGCACUCUAUCAAUCAUAAUGAGUCGCAGCAUCCACCCAAGGCUUCCCCUGUUAACUGUUAGAUCUUACAGUUUCUAGGGCUGCAGUUCUGUUUCCUAGCUUCUUGAAGCCGGUCAUUUAGUUGAUUGUAUGCCAUGAUCACAGUUUAGGUAUUGUAACUUAUGCUUUAAUCGCUAUGUAUGUGCUAUUAGGUUCUGCUGUUGUUGUCAUUGUCGUCAUGUUUUAACCCAUUCAUCCUAACAUGUGAACUCAUUUUACUUAACAUGUUAUAGUAUUUUGCUGUUGUAUCACUUUUGUGAAUGGGAUGCAGAACUUUUAGACCUUCA